AUGCUUGAAAAUAGUAGAGAAAUCCUUGCCGUCAUUCACGCCAUUGUACUCUCGGCAUUGUAUGUCGGAUCGUUGUAUAUGUGGGAUGGAAGUUUAGCAAAAUCUAGGAAUGAACCAUCACAAGUUCGCCGUAGAAGUAUCUCUGUUCUCUUGUCAUCAUUGGUCUCGAUAAUUUAUUCCUGUCUUGUUUAUUUAUUCUUCGGAAAUCAUGAAAGUCAUCAGGAAAUGGGAUUACUCUCCUCUAUGGGAUUUAAUUUUGCCCAGAUACAUUACCAAAUUUUGGCAAUAAUUAUUGCAAUCUUUUUGAAUACUUGCUUGUUUUUGGGUCCUAUUGCUGAGGAAUUGGAAGUAGAUGAAGUUUCCAAAUUGAAUAUGGAUUAUAUUAAGAGGAAAAUUGAGUGGGUGUGCAAAUCAUUUGUGGAAUUGUGUACAAACUUGUUGGAAAUGUCGAAAUUGUUCACUGCUUUCCUUUUAGAUGAGCAGAAAGUUAUUCAGGAUGAACAAGGACUCUUCUCAUUCAGAGCUAUUGUAAUGGGUCCAUUGACUGAGGAAAUUGUAUUUAGAACUUGUUUACAUUAUUUAUUGUAUUAUUAUGGAGGAAUUUCAUUGUUGAGCUCAUUACUGAUUGCAUGCCUCUUAUUUGGAGUUUGCCAUUGCCAUCAUAUUAUUGAACAUGUUGUACAUGGACAAAUGUCAAUUACCUCUGCACUUAUUAAUGUUAUAGUGCAAUUCACCUACACAUCAGUAUUUGGGUUCUAUUGUGGAUACAUUUAUGCAAAAACUAGUUGCAUUCUUGCUGCCAUCCUUUUACAUGCCUACUGCAAUCAAAUGGGUUUACCAAGUUUUAACAUGAGUAAGCCAAUUAUUGCCACUUUUUACGUUUUUGGAUUGAUAAGCUUUUGGAUCUUACUCUUCCCAACAUUAUCCAUCUUUUAA